UUAUGUGCAAAAAGUUCAAAAGCCUUUAAUCCUUAUUUUCAGGUGCUAAUAUAGUUAAAUUCAUGCUUGAUAUAGGCCAAGAGAGUAACAAAGUUAAACCCUUGCAAAACGCAGCUUAAACCCUUUUGCUGCAACACUCAUCGAGUAGAAAGCGAAAAUGGGUAAAGAUGAUCUAUGGGAUGAUUCAGUCCUCAUCAACGCCUUCAACGAUGCUGUAUCCAAGUACAAGAUUAUGCAUAGUAAAGGAGCCAAACUUAGCAGCAAAGAGGAGAAUUUGGCAGCUCUUGAUGACCGAAGCAAUGAGCUUAAAAGCAAUGGGGAGGGAGAUGAUAACAGCAAAGUUGCACCAGAUACCACUACAGAAACGGGGGAUGCAAGCAACCUUCCAUCAGUAAAAGAAAAUUCCUCUUUUGAGGCAGUUCCUCCUGAAAACCAUACUGGUCAACUGAAUGAGCAAAACACCCAGGAUAAGGGCUUAAAGAGCGUCAGUUCACAGAGUUUAGAAGAUUACAACCAGUUACUGUACAAAUAUUAUGAACUUGAGGAUCAAAGGCAAAAGAUUUUGCAGCAACUUAACCAGUUUGGCAUCUGGGGUGAUCAAAAUUCUGGUUCUGCUUCGCAAGAACAUCAAGCUUAUGCAGCCCAGACUUCAUAUCCAGCAGAAUCUUCUUUUUACUGCCCAUAUGGAUGCCAAAGUUGGGUGUCUCCAUGCACCACAUCACCUUGUUGUAUGGGUGGAAAUCAGGAUGACAAACCAUGCGAUGCUUCUUUACAAAGUGUUCAAGAAAAGAAAUCUCCUCAAAACCCUAAUCUGGUUAAUAUAGCAAUGGGAGCUGCAGAAAAAGCACUCUCCUCUUUAAAGCAAGCUUCUAACACGGCUUCACUGAAUUCAUUUGCAAAGCAAGGAAAACAAAUAGAGAUGAACCCUGUUGCAGCAGAGAAAACUGAAGGGUUGGAGACGGAUCUAACGGAAGUGCUGAAUGCAUGGUACUCUGCAGGCUUUUCCACUGGAAAGUAUCUUUCUGAGCAAUCCAACAAGAAAGAUGGUUAACUUUGAACUCUUUGAAAUGGAAAUCAAAUGUUGCUGCUCUGCAGUUACCAUGAAAUAUUGUUCACUUGUCACUGGCUCUUGUAACUUGGAAGCGAUACCGAGUGUGCUGCUGUCAAAUUGACAGAUAUGUUUAGCCAAGAAAAGAAAUCAUGCAUUAAUGUUACCGAGACCUUUCGUAUAGAUGUUGUAUGUACAGCACUUCUGGUAGGUCGAUAUUUAGAAAUAUUGACAUGACGGUUCUUUUUUGGGAUCAUCUCAAGUAUUAGAAAAUUUUGCCUAUC